AUGAAUCAGACACCUAAUGUGUACAGUAUAAGAAGACAGCCAGGGGUUGCCAAAUCAAUGACAAAAACAACAAAUAGGCUAUCGAUAGGUUCAGCAACGCGUACCUCAUCAAUUGUGAACAAUCCUUAUAGACAGUCCUUGUUACAUGCAUCUUUUGAAAAUGCUACACCUUCAUCAUCUCAACAACAACAACAACAGGUAUCAUCACAACAAUCACAACAAACAAAAAGAAGAUCAACUUUAUUAUCCACACCGGCAUCUACAAAUAAAAGAAAACAAAGUUCAGGAUUAUUCUCUUCCCAACAUUUAGGAUCAACUUACCGUUCCAUAUCUGCAUCACAACCAACUCCAUCAAGCAGUCAAGUUCAACAUCAAAGCUCAUCUUCUCAGCAUUCGACUCCUCAUUAUGCAUUACCUACAUCUCAACAACAACAACAACAACAACAACAACAAGUACCACUGCAGCAACAAGUACAAAAAUCAUCAGGUGACCCAAGACCACUAAGGGAUAGGAAAUAUCAAGAAUUGAUUCUGAAGGAGAUUAUUCGAUAUCUUGUGGAUCAUAAAUUUGAAUUGAAAACUAGUAUUGCAUUAACCGAAAAUAUGCUAAAACUGCCAACUCAAAAGAAUUUCAAUGCAAUUUUCCAAUUUUUGUAUAAUCAAAUUGAUCCAGCUUAUGUGUUUAUUAAACCUGUGGAGCAGGAGAUUACUGGGUUGUUAAAAAUAUUGAAUUAUCCUUAUAUGAGUACUAUUACAAGAUCACAUUUUAGUGCUGUGGGAGGAAGCAAUUGGCCAACUUUUUUGGGAAUUUUGUUUUGGUUGGUUGAAUUGAAUUUAUCCAUGGAGACAUUGACAGAGGAAGAUUUCCUUGCCGAUGAUGAUUUCGAUAGAAUAUUUAUUGAUUAUACCUGGAAGUCGUAUCAGUCCUUUCUUAAUGAUGAUGUUGAUGCUAUGGAUCAACAUUAUAACGAAAUGAAAGUUAAAUAUAAUGAUGUACAAGAGAAGUUAAAAGACGAAUUGAAAAGUGCCGAAGAGCAACGUGACGAAUUGAAAAAGAGAUUUGAAGAAGUUAAUAGUCAAUUAAAAAUCAGAGAUGAUGCUGACAGAAAAACAGUAGCACUUGAAGAUGAUUACAUCAAAUUGAAGGCGUAUAAUGAUGAUGUGCAAAAACGAAUCCCAGAUUGGAACCAGAAAUUGGAACAACUCCUGAAUGAGGUCAUUUCUAUGGAACAGCAAGUGCAUGAAUUACAAGAUCAGAAAAAAACCAUUGAAAAAGACUUGGAGAAUCGUGGCAUUUCAAUAGAUGCUGUUAAUAAGAUGUACCUUGAACGAGAUAGAUUAUCUAAAACUAUUGACUCGACUGCGUUAAAAGUUGAAGAAUCGAAGGACAAACUACUGGAUAGAGCAUUUGAAUUGGAAAGAAACUACGAAAGUAUUGAAAGCUUGACCAAGCAAUAUAACGAUUUAGCACGAAGAAUCAACAAUUAUGUAUCACAAAUUACCGAUGAAGCUCAGAAUGCUUCCCUUGCUGAUUAUAAAUUCUUGUUGGUGUUGCGUGAAGAAAUUAAAAACCCGAAUCAACAAUAUACUAGAGAGGAAAUUUUUCUGAAUACCAGUUUGAAAGAUGAACGUCAGAAUUUGUUGAAGUUUCGUAGUGAAACAGAUAGUCAGAUUUUGAGAACACGAGGAUCUGCUGUGAAAAUCAGUGAACAAUGUGAUGUUGAACAAGAUAAAAUCAGAGAUCAACAAUUAUUGAUUGAAGAAUUGCAAAUGCAAGAUAAUUUAACCAAAAGAAAAUCAGAUGAUUUGAAACAGCAAAUUUUUCAAACUCAAGCUGAAUAUUCUAGUCAAAUUGAAGAAUUGGAACAUCAAACAAGAGAUACUAAAGCAACUAUUCAAUCAGAUAUUUUACAAUUGGAAAGAAAAUUACGUGAUGUUAAUAUUGAAAAAACUAUACUUUCAGAAGAUUUAAUUUCCAAACGUCAAAGAAUGGAUGAAGAUAUAACAAGAAUAACUGCAUUCUUAUUGAAUUUCAAAACAAAUAUUCAAGAAAGAUUGAUUAGAGUUGCUGAUCUUGUGCAAGAUCAAUUGAAACUGGAACAAGUUGAUGAACAAGAAGAAGAGGGCCAGUAA